CUCAGGAAGGCCACGCGGUACAGCGGGAAGUUUUUCACUGCCUAGACUCGUCUGCGGGAGGGAGGGCGCAGGUUGCUCCGCAGCGGUAGGAUGGGCCGGCACGGGAGGGGGCGGAGCGCGGCGCGGGACGAGGCGAUUCAGGGCACUAAUGACAGCAGUAUUGUUAGUAAAUGCUCCACCGCUGCUCUUGGCUACAUCCAUGAUGGCUUCCUACAGUACUUCGUUACAAAGAGAUGCAGACGAGCGCCGCUGAUUCAUUGGGGUUACUAUGUCCGGGCCCGAGCUGUGGAUCAUUGUGUGCAAGAGUUUCUGCGACAGAGUCAAGGCCACCCCAGGAGACAGAUCCUUUCUUUUGGUGCUGGCUUUGACUCCCUGUAUUUCCGCCUCAAGGCUGUGGAUCUUCUGAGUUGCACUGUGGUCUAUGAAGUAGAUUUCCCAAGUGUAACAAGCCGAAAAGCUGCUCUUAUCAAGGGUACGAAGGACCUGGCCAUGGUCGUGGGAGGAGUUGGAAGGAGAGAAUCAGGAGCCAUGAGCUUUGCUGUGGAGGAUUAUAAAUUGCUGGGAGUGGAUUUAUCUGACCUGUCUAUGCUGGAGCAAGCCCUAAAGGAGGCAGGCCUGGACCCUGAGGUUCCCACCAUGCUUUUAGCAGAAGUGGUGCUCACUUACAUGGAGAUCAGCAGGUCGGAUGCUUUGAUCCAGUGGGCAGCUCAGCACUUCUCCUGUGCACAGUUUGUGGUCUAUGAGCAGAUGCACCCCGAGGACCCCUUUGGCCGCAUCAUGCAGCAGCACUUCAGCCGGCUGAACUCUGUGCUGCACACCCUAGCCCAGUAUCCCAAUUGUGAGGCGCAGAGGAGACGCUUUCUCCAGCGGGGAUGGGCCAAGUGCAGUGUCAUUGAUAUGAAUGAGUUCUACGCCAGCUUUAUCCCCGAAGAUGAGCGACGAAGAGUACAGGCUCUGGAGCCCUUUGAUGAAUAUGAGGAAUGGCACCUGAAAUGUUCACAUUACUUUAUCCUGGCUGCAUCAAAGGGGGAAGAGCUUGCCUGGAGUCCUCUAAUCUCCAAGAUGCCGGCUUUCUCUGCUGAUGACCCUCCCAGAGUUGCUGGUAGCAUCUCUGCAUCUGUGUGCACAAUCGCUGGCCUGAGGCGGUAUGGUCAUCACUCUGUACUUAUCAAACCACAUGUGGUCCUCACUACUGGAGGCUUCGGAGAGCAGGAUGGACGACACUGCCGCCUAAGAGAUUUCCAUGUCCUAAUCAGACACGAGGACAACUGGCGUGUUAGAAGUGUGAGAAUGGAAAAGUCUGGUAACACUUGGAGUGGACGGUUGUUCCAUACUGUGACGUGUGUUUCUGGGAGCCAGGCCCUGGCAGUGGGUGGGCGAAUGUCCCCAACGAAUGCAGAUUUGGGGAGCCUUUGGCUAAGGUUUCCUGAAUCCAUGACAGCCUCAGAUCCAGACUGUGUUGUGGUGGAACUUGUGAGCCCACAGCCUGCUGAGGACCUAGCCUCAUCGCGCUGGAGACAUACUACAACUGAAGUGAUGUGCCAAGGCCAGAAGUACCUGUUUAUCUAUGGGGGCCGUUCUGCUGUGCAGCCUGUCCUGGGGGACUGGUAUUUCCUGCAUUUGGAAGAGUUUUCUUGCAGAAGGAUUCCUGUUGGGGGCCCAGUCCCUGAGGGCCGUCACUCUCACAGCGCCUGCAGCUGGGACGGGGGAGCGCUCAUUGCAGGGGGCCUGGGAGCAGCUGGGCAACCGUUGAACUCAGUGCUCUUUCUGAGACCGACUGGGAGUGGCUUUCAGUGGCAGGGUAUAGAGACUCACCCUCCUUUCAUCCCCAGGUAUUCACACACUGCCCAUGUACAUGAUGGGAAACUCCUGCUUGUGGGGGGAGUAUGGCUUCACUCUGAAUCAAUACCCGGUGUGACUGUGAUUGACCUGAUGAAGGGUUUCAGCUUGGAUUAUCAGAUUGACACAAUGUCCCUGAAGUGGCCAUUAAUGCUGUAUAAUCACAGCAGUGUUUUCCUGCCGGACAAAAGCGAGCUGCUGCUUAUUGGUGGUGGUGGGAACUGCUUCUCCUUCGGGACCCAUCUCAACCUGCACCCCGUCUGCGUAGGCCUCAGCAACAUCCUGACCAGUCAGUGAUGGGAGAUAAACCAGGAUAGAACCACAAAGCUGCAGCAUGGGAAGAUGGUGCAAUUGCAUACUGCAGAGCCCAAGUGGCCCAAUGGCAGAAGUGGGUGUACUCGGCACAAGCCGGUGAUGUGGUCCCACAAGGGAUUGCCACCCAGAACAGUAACCUGGCCUGAUGGCAGUGGGGAGGUCCAAGGACAUAGAACAGCAAAAAUACCCUGGGCAGUGGGGGAGUUGAAAAGUGACUGAAGACCUAGAGAGGUGAUGUGACAGCAUGGUGGUCUGAGCAGUGACUUUGGGAAGAGUGGCUGGCAUUGCCUACAUGAAUGUAUCCUACUUUUUUUCUAUUGUUCUCUCUCAUUAUUUUACAUAGUAAAAAAAAAAAAAAUCAUCCCAAAGCUGCUUUUUCUGCUGGUGCCACAGCCCCUCCGGAUGAAAUGAGGGAGCCGGCCUAAUUCCUAGGAUAUGCAGUAGAACCACCAUUAGCCAAAGAUUGUGGGGGAUUUUCAGGGGUGCUGGGGGCAAAACAUUUGUCUAGUGUAGGGAAGACAGUAGGCAGACACAGCCCUGCAGCUCAUGCCUCACGUAUCCUGAUGCAUUCCCAACCCAUUAUAGGAAGUUUCCCUGUUCCAUCAAAGCAAUCAGUCACCUCCACAGCUAUUGGGUAGGGUGAUGCCAGAAUCCCUGGAGAUGUAGACAAGAACAUAAAAAUGGCCACACUGGGUCAGACUAGCCCAGUAUCCUGUCUUCUGACA